AAACUGCUUGACUCAGGAUGGUUAGUGAUGCUCCUACCGAAUUCUUUCAGCGGCGGAAUUGCUAUUUUCAAUGUCCAGCAAGGUUUUGUUUUAGUUCUUCCUGUCACUUUAUGGCCAUUCGCUGCCGGUGCUGUGCCUGGACGCGAGCGACGACAGUGAGCUGAUUAUAACCGGCUCUGCUGACAAAAACGUCAAAAUAUGGGGACUGCAGUUCGGCGAUUGCCAUCGUACACUGUUUGCUCAUGACGAAAGUGUAACAUGCGUUCGUUUUGUCGCCAAAACGCACCUGUUUUUCUCAGCCGGCAAAGACGGUAUGGUAAAGCAAUGGAAUGCGGAUAAAUUCGAGUUAAUACAGACCUUAGAAGGACACUUUGGUGAAGUUUGGGCCAUGGACUUGAGUAAUACAGCUAACUUUGUCAUUUCUGCGGCUUCAGACUUUUCCAUAAGGAUGUGGGAAAAGACUGAGGAGAUUUUGGUUCUUCAGGAAGAGCGUGAAAUUGAAAGAGAGAAGGCUAUCGAAAAUGAAAUCCAGUUCAGGGAUGAUGAAGACGUUGUACCUGGUGAGCAAACGGGUGAAGUGGCUCUGGCAGCGACUCGUACGACAUUGACAGUUAGAAGCGCAGAUGACAUCGUUGAGGCAAUCGACAUUUGUAAAGAAUAUGGUGCAGAAAACGCCGGCCAGUCAACGUUACAUCCCCUGAUGCAAGCAUACAAUUGCAGCUCGUCUGAAAAUUUUAUGAUGGAGGUGCUUCGUCGAAUCCGUUCCAGCGACUUGGAGAAAUGCCUGAUGUUGGUACCGUUUGGCUACGUUUUCGAAAUGUUGGCACUACUUGAACGCGCGCUUCACAGCCACUGCAAAACCCAUGUCGAACUGGCAGUUCGAUGCAUUCUGUUUAUUCUCAGUUUCUGGAUCUUUGCACUUUAUGGUACCGAAUCUGGCUCUCGCCCCUUUCCGAGCUGUUCUCUUGAACGCGACCAAUUGGAGGCGGAGCUUUGCGACCGCCAUGAAGUGGUCCGAGCGAAUGUCGGCUUAACAUCGUGCUGGGACAUCAUGAAGGGCAUUGCGCCACUUCCUUCUUACAAAUAUGUAAUUCAACUGUCUCCUGAUGCGGUCACCUGCCGUUGUCCACAUGGGAUACACAGUGGACAGUUGACUGGCUACAGCAAAUCGAUGCCAUUAUUGGCAAGGUUGAACACGUUAUGUAAGGCGGAUAUGGAUUCCGUUAGGGAUAAAGUAGGUGUCAACCAGGCUGCCCUUCGUUUGAUGCAAAAGCAGUUAGACGAAACCGACAAAGUAUCGUUGUUCAGUGAGGCCCUUGACCGCAAGAAAAGCAAGAAGCGAAGCAGCAGUGUUUUAGUGCAAAACGAGCUUAUGCGUUUGUCGAAAUGCAUUAAUCUUAUGGAUGAGAGAUUGUUGUCGUCGUCUUUGAUAGAAAGUCGUCCAGCAAAGCCGCCGAACGUUCUGAUUUACUCAGAAGAUGAUCACCGUCAGACUUUCCAGCACCAUGCCGAGCGCAUCGCCGCUUGUUUGAAUCCGUUCAAAUAUACAGUGUACCAAUUGCGUUAUCGCCAGAUGGAAAAAGACCCUUGGCCGGAGAAUACGUGCUGUCUGAUUCUGCUGAAUACGUUUCGGUUCGAAGAUUCAGACUGGAACAGACUUUACACGUACUGGAAAAUUGGUGGCAAGUUGUUGUUCAUUUCGUCGCAAUCGCUGAUACAGCUGCUGACACGGGUUAGCGACGGGCUGAUGCCGUACCACCUACUCAGUCAUAUAUUUUGCAAACGCGACCGAACUACUCAUCUUCAACCGGUGCUAGAAGCAUUGUCGGCAUCAAACCAGUCAGUGUCCCAGGCUGAGCUUGAGUUCAGUCGUCGAGUUACGCUGAAGAACAGUUUGGACGUGGCCACCGUUGAGGCUAGUUUCGUUCGAAACACUGUUCAUUCGUUGUUGAUUGAAGUGAAGAACCUACUGACCGGUGGAUUGGUGGUUUUCACUGAGAGCGAUUUCGUGUCACAUGACCCGCCUUGGAUCACUCCCGUGUUGGACUGUAUGAAAAAGUUAGAUAUAGAAAUAUCUGAUAAUAAAGAGCUUUCUUGCACCCCCGGUUACCUGUUCAUCAAAGAGCAAAUUCAACUUGAAGAACGAUUCGUAAAUCUCGGACGAGUGCGAGGUAAGGUCGAGGUAGAGUUUUUUCCUGAACGUUCCACGAGUAAGAUCGGUCCUCCUCAGCCAGACUACGUUCCGGUGUACAUCACGCCGAGAACUUGUUCAUUCAACACUGAAAUCUAUGCCAGACAUCUGACGACUGCACACCUUGGUCGCGCGCUUUUGUACGUUCCGGUGAUCAGCUCGACGAUGUCUCUUUUUGACGGUCUCAUGACUUAUGAUGACAUCAUCCAACAUUUAGUUGCGGUAGCCGGCCGGCAAACUGAAGGCCAAGGUAUGUUGUCAGUACCCAAAUAAUG